GCAUUAACCUUGCUAAUCGUUUUUCAAGAGAGCUAGUUCUUAGAUUUGAUAAUGGCUUCUCACCUUAAGCAAACCAUUUUAAUGGUUACGGUAAUGACCGCCGCCAUUAUCACAGCUUCUGCCCAAGAAACUGAAAUUUCCGAUUUCCAAGAGGCUGAAAUACUUAGACGCUUGAAGCAACUUAACAAGCCUGCUGUUAAAUCCAUCCAGAGUCCGGAUGGAGAUAUAAUAGAUUGUGUCCCUAUUGCCAACCAACCAGCCUUUGAUCAUCCUUUGCUGCGAGACCACAUCAUCCAGAUGAGGCCAAGUUCCGAACCUGAAAGCGGUCUUGCAGAAAACACCGAGGAAAAGCCGAAGGCUAUAGGUCAACUAUGGCACAUGUAUGGAGAGUGCCCGGAAAACACAGUUUCGAUCAGAAGAACAAAAGAAGAAGAUCUCUUAAGAUCAACUUCCCUCGAGACUUUCGGAAAAAAGAGUUAUAGAACUAUUCAACAAGUUGUAUCACGUGAUCUAGGUGCUUCCGUCCACGAGUACGGAGUGACGCAAGCAUUGAACAACCAGGUUUACGGUUCAAAAUCCUACAUCAAUGUAUGGAAACCCUUUGUCCAACAAUCCGAUGAGUUCAGCUUGGCCCAAACAUGGGUUGUCUCCGGAAGUGGUUCUGAUCUCAACACCAUAGAAGCUGGUUGGCAGGAGUAUCAACAGUUGUACGGUGACUAUAACACAAGACUUUUUAUCUACUGGACCCGAGAUGCAUACCAACACACAGGUUGCUACAAUCUUCUGUGCUCAGCGUUUGUCCAGACGGACGGAACUUUCGUCCUUGGUGGAACCCUCAAUCCAACAUCAUCGUAUGGAGGUACCCAGUACGAAAUCAGUUUACUCAUAUGGAGGGACAAGAACACAGGAAACUGGUGGCUCCAAAUUCAGGGAAUAAACGUCGGGUACUGGCCAAACACGUUGUUCACCAGCCUGAAGGAUAGCGCGAACCGAGUGGACUGGGGAGGCGAAAUCGUGAACGCACAGUCUAGUGGACACACGAACACGGAUAUGGGAAGUGGGCACUUUCCAGAAGAAGGGUUCGGAAAGGCAGCCUUUUUCAGGAACCUUGAGAUAGUUGAUGGGUCUAACACUCUUAGACCACCGCCAUCACUUGGAGCCCUCGCCCCGACGCCUAAUUGCUACAAUGUCCGCAUUGGAGGCGCGGGUACGUCAUGGGCCACUCACUUCUACUACGGUGGUCCUGGCAAAAACCCUAACUGCCCCUGAUAAAUGCGUAUAUAUGUAUGCAUAUAUGUUGUCACGUGGAUAAACAUAUGCGCUAAAGAUUGUGUGUAAGAUGUGUGUAUAGUCCAUAAGAUUCGGUGUGGUACUUUGUAAUAACCGAAGUAUGUUUAGAUUUCUCAUUGAAUAAGUGCUGAAGUCUGCAUGCCGUACGUGCAUGUCAAUAUUCAGAGUGUGUGUGACGAGUUAUUAUGUUUUUUGUUUUUUAAAAAAAAAUAAUCUCUGUUGUCCGGA